UGGUGCUGCGGCCGUUCCUAGUCAUGGAGUCGCUGGACGGGGCGGCGCGGACGCUGCCUAGCAUAGGUCGGCUGUCAUGGGGGCUGCCAUUUGGGCGAGCCCACGGGCGGUGCGGGCUCAGCCCCAGCGGUGGGCUGCUACUACAGAAAAACUUAGAUUCCCAGGCAGUAGCGUUUCUGCUGCGCAAGCGGUGGGCCUUAUACAGCGUGACCCCUCUGUACAAGUUCUCUAGCGCUCAUCUGAAGGCUUACGCUAAACUGCUGAGUGCAUAUAUCGCUGCCGAGAAGCAGAACGGGCUGGCGGUGGAAGUAGGGGUCGAGCUAGACAUCAAAGUGGCUAUCUCCUGCCUUCCAGACCUGAAAGGCAGUGAACAAGAUGAGGCUGCAGUUCUCGUGCAGCUUUCUUUGCGACCACAAGCUUCCCAAAAGAAGUCAGAAGAGAAAGUGGUAUGGUCGGGCUGGUUCUGUUCUGUGUGUGGAGAUGAUCUUUCCAAAAACAUGCCAGCAGACUUCACUUGUUUACCUGUGUUUCUUGCUAAUGGGGCAGAGAGUUACACUUCCAUUGUUGGAAGCUGGUUUCAGAAGAUGUUUGACUGCUGCUUCCACCAUUUAGCCAUUAGCCCUCUCAAUCUCAGUUGGAUGGCAGCUAUGUGGACUGGAUGCAAGUUGGAAGAAAAUGCAUCUGCUAUGGAACUUGUUUUCUCUGUCCCCAGUCUGCCCCAGUCUCUGGAUAUUUCAUAUGCCAUUCAUGCAGAGGAUGCAAAAGCUCUGUGGGACACCGUCCAAAAAACUCCAGGAGAGAUAACGCAAGAAGAGGUGGAUGUCUUUAUGGAUUGCCUUUACUCUCACUUCCACAGACACUUUAAGAUCCACUUGUCAGCUACAAAACUGGUGAAAGUUUCUACAGCAGUUGCCUCAGCACACUGUGAUGGGAUUAUAAAGUUUCUACAAAGCCAGUAUGUAAUGGAAGUGCUGAUGCUACUGACAGAACUAGCAAUCUCUCAGAUACAGUGAGAGUCAUUUCAGCAAAUCAGGCUGAAAAGGCUACUGCUGGAAGAUAUCUGCUGAGAAAUCAAGUGGAAAGUCACUCCUGCAGUAUCUUCUUUGCUUUCAUGCUGUCUGAAUUUGGACUCUUAACUCCUGCACUUGACUCUAGCUGUAAUUCAGUGUCGUACACAGUAAAGACAAGCAGACAUUUUUGCCUUAAAGAAGGGCUACAUUACUUCUGCUUCUUAAGCACCUUCAUUUUCAUCAUAGUCAUUCUGUUCAUGUACGUGUAUUACAUCAGAUUGUGUAUUGUAUUCAGAGAUACAGGUAUCAGCCAGGGGCUAGGAGACAGACUUUGCAAAUUCUUGGAUGCAGCUUGCUGUCAGGUACUUCUGUUGUUUCAAAUAGCAAGUUGGUUUUCACUUGAUAGCCUAAGCUAUACCGACCUUGGUCUUGGCUCAACUGCAACUACUCUUGGUCCAAUGUAAAUACAGUCGAACACCCCUGAGAAAGGGUGCAUGUUUUACAGUCCAGGGCAGAAAAAUCUAGGUUUCCAGCUUCCUUUCUAGAUUGCUAUGGCCACUUGGCAAUAGUUAAAGUAUUCAUCUGCAUCCUGUUGGGCUAAGUUGAACAGCAUGAGACUGAUAACUGCAUUUUGUGUCCAGCCUGUUGGCUGUCUUAGAUGAGUUGGUUAUUACAUCAGAAAUUAAGGGCUGUGGAUAAGCUAGAUAUUUACUGUGCUUUGCCUGAUGGUUAUUAUCUUGGAUGUAAUCUUGUAGGCUGCAGAGCUCUUGAGGUUGGAGCUAUAGGUGCUAGAAUUUUAUACUAGAUCUCUCCCUACUACAGUAGGUAGGAUUUCAGACAGCUAGUGGACAGUGCCCUAAUCAUAGCUUAAACAAGCAGAAAUUAAGUAAAUACAUGUCAAGUGUUGUAAUUUUUACAGUACUAAAUAUUAUUUGCUAUUUUUUACCAACACAUUGGUCUUGAGCUAAGUAAAGACCAAAUAUGCCUGCUUAAAUAUAUAUUUGUAUGGUGCUUACUUGAUUUAACUACUCAUUGUUACCUGUUAGGUAAUUCUGUGAGCAGCAAAUUUUAAAGUCCAGUUUCUUAUACAACUCACUUCUAAUACCUUCACACUUGUGCACCAUCUUUGAGGUCUGAUGAGUUUGUGCUGUGAUGUUCCCCCUAAAUAGGGACAAGUUUCCCUUCUUUGCCCAACUAUGUAAAUUUUAGGAUUUGUCAGCUGUCACUAAAAAUGUUCUUCCUUCUUUUCCCCACACAGGCAGAGGAACCAGCCAUGCAAAUAUUUAAUUAUCUAAUGUGACAUAACUACACACCUAGCUCCUAAUCUACUUCAGCUAAUUCUGGAGAUAAAUUAUUAAAACAAAGAUGUACUUUGUUUUAGUUUUUGUUUACUAGUUGAAGAUGGAUUAUUUUUGUUUGUAGAGGUUGCAGUCUGUAAAGUGCUAACUCUUACCCUGACAGAAACAGCUAAGCAAUUUCCUGAAGGUUUUGACAGCCACAGCAGCUAUUUAAACUAUCACUUCUGGUGCUUUUAUUAAACAUCUUACACAAAGUUUGCUAUCUUGAUUCAGAGGAUCACUGGGUAAAGCAGUAGGAGGUCUGAUAUAACUGGCACCUGUAUUUGAUUUGAAAACACAACUGUUGCACUCAUGGCUUAGUUUUAAAUCUAAUACUAAGCUCCUUCCAACAAACUUGCAUAAAUCUCUAAAAACCUGAAUUCCAUAUAGCCUCUUUUAACUAGUUCUUUGCCUUAAGAACACUGUCCAAUAGCAUGUGAAACUCCAGUAGAAUGCAUAUAUCAACUGUGGCCAUAGUUGGCUUUCAAAACUGAUGCUUUGCUAUGUAUACAUACAUCUACUGCAGUCUAGCUUUAAGGUACUGCUAAAAUGAAAACCUGCUUUCUCCAAUUUAACAUCUACAAAUUGGAGUAUAGCCCUCAUUGAUAACUGCAGUAAACUGACCAGAGCUCGAUUGAUCUAGGUAGUACAGCUGCUUUCUUUGAGAAAAAGCUGUUUCUGAAUGAUGUGCUUCUAAGUAAUUGAGGGUAGUGAUAAACAGCAGAGUUCUAAGCCAGUUUUACUUGGACUGGUGCCUGGAAAAAAAAACCCACCAAAAACAAGCCAAGAUCUGUGUUCACACAAACUAUACAAAAGCAUAGUCCACUGCUUUCACCCAAGGGAACAAACCAAGAACAGCAUAGAAGAAAUUUAUUAAGA